AUGAAACUAAAUACCAAUAUGGAAAAACAGCUUGCUGCUCAAGAAGAAGCAAAUAAACGGCAACAACAAGCAACCUUUGAACAAAUGGUUGCAAUGUUAUUAGCAGUAGCACAAUCAAAAGCGAAUGCAACAGUUAUCAGUGACGAAAAAUCAGAAAUAGAAAUUGCAGGUACUACAUAUGAAGUCAUUCAUUAUGUUAGUCGAGGUGGUUUUGGUAAAAUUUAUAAGGCAAAAGUUAAGAAUACAGGCCGUAUAGUUGCUAUUAAAAUUUUGGAAAAUACACCUGACAUACAAGAAGAAAUAAAAAAUGAAAUUAAUUUUUUACGUGUAAUAAAGCGAAUUCUUAUUGAUAAUCAUCCAGUUAUCCAAUACCGCGGUAGUAAAAUAACCAAUGAAGGUAUUUUUAUUGCAAUGGAAUACGCUAUUUGUGAUCUUCACACAUUUUGGAAAAAUAAAACGUUCUAUGAAAAAGUUGAAGAGAUAUCAAUUUUUGGCAUGGUUAUUAUUGUUUAUGUGCUGCGUGCAUUAGCAUUUCUUGAAAGAUUAAAUAUUAUUCAUGGUGAUAUAAAGCCAAAUAAUAUUGUUCUCGUUCCAACUAAACAAUAUUUUUGUAUUAAGUUAAUUGAUUUUGGUGCAGCUGAAAAAAUGUAUACUCUACGUGAGCAACUGACAGUUGAUGCAGACAAAGUUCAUACUGUAUUUUUUGCUUCACCAGAAUUUUUACGGUAUGAUUCAAAAAAUCGUAUAUCAAGACAUCUCCAUAAAAAGUCUGAUGUAUGGGCAGCUGGUGUUAUGUUUUAUCUUUUAUUUUGUGGUGAAUUUCCAUGGAAUGAUGAAAAAGAAUAUAAACAUUUUUGUAAUGAUCGAUUUGCACAAGAUAUUGUUGUACCAGUGACCGGUGGUUAUAGAAUGAUCAUUGAACUUUUACUAAGAAAAAAUCCAGAUGAACGUUCAAGUGCUAAAGAAACUCUUAAACAAUUAAAAGCACAUCCAGUGUUCGGAAAGAUUGUUGAAUCACUACAUAAAAGUUUUUGUCCUGUGGAUGAUGUAUGUUAUAUGGAAGUACCUGAUGAUGUUCGGCAAGAGACAGAUCUUGAUCAUCGCGAAAAAUUUGCGCAUCCAGAUGAUUCAGAUUAUGAUGUACUAGAAGUCUCCGCUGAUGGACUUUCUGAAAACCCAAAAUGUCGCUACGGAUGUACUCAUCAAGCUCUUCUUGAUAAUCAUGAUUAUGCAAUGAUUCCACAUAUUGAUGAUAGUGAUGAUCGUGAUCAUGGCUCUUUUCGUCCUAGUCAUUCUGCUUGUGAUGAUAAUUCUAAUGAUCAUUCUAGUCAUCCAUUUGCUUUCCAACAUUGGUUUUUGUUACUACUUCCAAAUCUUUUCUAA